AUGGCCAAGUUAUCAAAUCAGAACCAGAAAGCCAAUGGAAAUAAUAAUGCAACUACUACUGCUACUGCUGUGAAUAAUGCAAAUGCAGUUAAUAAAACUGCAGUCACGAAGGUGAAACGAACGAGGAGAAGUGUGCCGAGAGACUCCCCGCCUCAACGCAGCUCCAUUUAUCGAGGCGUCACAAGGCACCGAUGGACUGGCCGUUAUGAGGCUCAUCUGUGGGACAAGAAUUGCUGGAAUGAAUCACAAAACAAGAAAGGCCGUCAAGGAGCAUAUGAUGAUGAAGAAGCUGCAGCACAUGCUUAUGACUUGGCAGCGCUGAAGUACUGGGGUCAAGAUACAAUUCUCAACUUUCCGUUAGCGACAUAUCAAAAAGAAAUGAAUGAUAUGGAAGGCCAAUCAAGAGAGGAAUAUAUUGGAUCCUUGAGAAGGAAGAGCAGUGGUUUUUCUCGUGGAGUUUCUAAAUAUAGAGGUGUUGCUAGACAUCAUCAUAAUGGAAGAUGGGAAGCUCGAAUUGGCCGGGUCUUUGGAAACAAGUAUCUCUAUCUCGGGACAUAUGCUACCCAAGAAGAGGCUGCUACAGCAUAUGACAUGGCAGCUAUAGAGUAUCGUGGUCUCAAUGCAGUAACCAACUUCGAUCUCAGCCGUUACAUUAAAUGGCUAAAACCAAAUGGUCCUAACAAUGACAUUAUUGGCCAGGCAAUAACUAACCCUACAACUGAAGCUAAAUUGGUCGGAGAUGUAACCCAAAACCCUAAUGAGCUAGACCAAACUGGACUAGGUUUCUUCCACAACCUUGCAUACAGUCCUCCCGAAGAAACCAUGAUGGCUCAGCUGCCUCGGCCGACCACUGCUACAUCAGCCCUAGGGCUCCUACUUCAAUCAUCAAAGUUCAAGGAGAUGAUGGAGAUGACCACGGCCACUGACAGUUCAUCGAUGAUCAUGACAUCGUCGUCGACGCCGGAACUGCACCAAUGCACGUUUCCCGACGACAUACAAACUUACUUUGAUUGCCAGGAUUCUACUAGCUAUGGAGAUGGAGACGAUGCUAUGUUCAAUGAGCUCAACUCAUUCAUCCCGUCCAUGUUUCAAUGCGAUUUCACCGUCUAG